AUGGCCAAGGAAGCCACUGCUAAGACCGGCCUCGCCGUUGGCCUCAACAAGGGUCACAAGACCACCGCUCGCGUCGUCAAGGAGGUUGCUGGCCUCGCUCCCUACGAGCGCCGCGUCAUUGAGCUCCUCCGCAACUCGCGCGACAAGCGCGCCCGCAAGCUCGCCAAGAAGAGACUCGGAACCUUUGGCCGUGCCAAGAGAAAGGUCGACGAGCUCCAGGCCGUCAUUGCCGACUCCCGCCGUACCGCUCACUAA